AUGUCAACAACAGGUCCUGGCAGCGCCCGAUGGCGCAACAAUGCUUUCGACAGAGGUUCACCUUCCCCUUCGCCAGGCCUGGCGGUGCCCAGUACAAGACCCAGAUCCGCUAUCAUUACCUCGCCUUCGGGCACGGGAACCCCUGCAACGCAUAAUCGAAACCAGUCAUUUUCUCCUCCGAGUGGAUCAAGCUUUGCGUCAUUACAGCCGGCGAUGCAGAGAUCGACUUCAACCAGGACGACUCACCAAUUAUCUAACACCUUUGCACCAAAGUUCAUUAAGACCGAAGAAUCUCAAAGGGCUGGUGACAAGAUUGGCGGAAUCGAGGGCGAGAACGACUUUUCUGGAAAACGUUACGUCUGGCUGCGAGACCCACAGUCAGCGUUCGUGAGAGGAUGGGUAGUCGAGGAGCUUCUUGGAGGCCGUUUGCUUGUGCAAUGUGACGACGGGAGCCAACGAGAGGUCGAUUCUGAGACCGUUGAUAAAGUAAAUCCUGCCAAGUUCGACAAGGCAGAUGAUAUGGCAGAGCUCACUCACUUGAAUGAGGCCUCUGUGGUCCAUAAUCUCCAUAUGAGAUAUCAAGCAGAUUUGAUCUAUACCUAUUCUGGCUUGUUUUUGGUCACCGUCAAUCCGUACUGUCCCCUGCCUAUUUACACCAGCGAUUAUAUGAAGAUGUACAAGGGGCGCAGCAGGGAAGAUACAAAACCUCACAUAUAUGCAAUGGCUGAUGGUGCCUUUCGGAAUCUGAUCGAGGAGGGUGAGAAUCAGAGCAUUUUGGUCACUGGCGAGUCAGGUGCUGGCAAAACUGAGAACACUAAGAAAGUCAUUCAAUAUCUUGCAGCCGUAGCAACUUCUGACUCUCCAGGGGUAAAAUCUGGAGGACGGCAGUUCUCUAACCUUCCGCAGCAGAUCUUGAGGGCCAACCCGAUUCUAGAGGCUUUUGGGAAUGCCCAGACUGUACGCAACAACAAUUCUUCACGUUUCGGGAAAUUCAUUCGUAUUGAGUUUACACGGUCAGGACAAAUCGCAGGAGCUUUCAUUGACUGGUAUCUGCUAGAGAAAUCCCGAGUCGUAAAGCUCAACUCCAGUGAAAGAAAUUAUCACGUGUUCUACCAAUUGCUUAGAGGGGCAGACCGACGCAUGAAGGAAGACUUCAUGAUCGCUGAUCUAGGAGUGGAGGAUUUUAUCUACACGAGAGGUGGUAACGAUAUGAUUGCUGGAGUCUCAGAUGUUGAUGAGUGGAGCUCGUUGCUGGAGGCUUUCCAUAUCAUGGGCUUUUCUGAAAAGGAGCAGCGAUCUGUGCUCCGUACUGUCGCUGCAGUUUUGCUCCUUGGUAACGUCACAGUGAUGAAAGAGAGCAUGCGGGCCGAUCAAGCCACACUCACGGAAGAUGCUCAUGCACAAGCCAAGAAAGUCUGCCGGCUGCUCGGAAUUGCCGUUGAGCCUUUUAUUCAAGGAUUGCUUCACCCAAAAGUCAAGGCCGGUAGAGAGUGGGUCGAGAGAGCUCAAACGCCAGAACAGGUCCGCUCAUCUUUGGAUGCCUUGUCGAAGGGUAUCUACGAACGAGCUUUUGGCGAUCUCGUGUCUCGGAUCAAUCGUCAGCUUGACCGGACUGGUAUGGGUCUUGAUGAUUCCCACUUCAUCGGAGUCCUGGAUAUCGCCGGUUUUGAGAUAUUUGAAGAGAAUAGCUUCGAGCAACUGUGCAUCAAUUACACCAACGAGAAACUUCAGCAAUUCUUCAACCACCACAUGUUUGUCCUCGAGCAAGAAGAGUAUGCAAGGGAGCAAAUUGAGUGGAAAUUCAUCGAUUUCGGAAAGGACCUCCAGCCCACCAUUGAUCUCAUUGAGCUCCCGAACCCCAUUGGAAUUUUCUCCUGCCUUGACGAAGACUCCGUCAUGCCAAAAGCUACUGACAGAUCCUUCACUGAGAAGAUGCACUCUUUAUGGGAGCGGAAGACGCCCAAAUAUAGGCCGUCACGUUUAGCUCAAGGAUUCAUCCUGACACACUACGCAGCUGAAGUGGAAUAUUCUACGAUUGGAUGGCUGGAUAAGAACAAAGACCCGCUAAACGACAACAUCACAAAGCUUCUUGCAUCUUCCCAUGACAAACACAUCGCUACGCUCUUUACCGACUGUGCCGACCCUGAUGAGGAUGCCGGCGCAACAAGGAGUCGUGUCAAGAAAGGGCUCUUUAGGACGGUGGCACAACGACACAAGGAACAACUUUCCAGCUUGAUGAAUCAGCUUCACUCCACUCAUCCCCACUUUGUGCGUUGUAUUCUGCCGAAUCAUAGGAAGCGGCCUAAGCAGUUCAGCGCACCGCUUGUCCUCGACCAACUGCGAUGCAAUGGUGUUCUUGAGGGCAUAAGGAUUGCCAGGACCGGCUUCCCCAAUAGACUGCCCUUUUCAGAGUUUCGUCAGCGAUACGAAGUUCUUUGCCGCAACAUGCCUAAGGGCUAUCUUGAAGGUCGAACGGCCGCCCAGAUGAUGCUCGAAAAACUGGAUUUGGACAAUGCUCUUUAUCGAGUAGGCUUAACGAAAGUUUUCUUCAGAGCCGGCGUGCUGGCAGAACUCGAAGAGCAGCGUGACUCUCUCAUUCGGGAUAUCAUGUCUAGAUUUCAAUCAGUCGCAAGAGGAUUUACCCAACGAAGGAUCGCAAACAAGCGCCUGUAUCGAGCGGAAGCGACUCGAAUCAUUCAGCGUAACUUCGCGGUCUACAGCGACCUUUGCAACAAUCCAUGGUGGAGACUCUUCGUUCGGAUGAAGCCUCUGCUAGGUGCUACCAAAACUGCUGGAGAAGUCAGAAAGCGCGAUGAGACGAUUCAGAAGCUGGAGGUCCAAGUGCAGCAGGAGAGUAACGAUCGACUGAGGCUCGAAGAAGAGAGAAGGCGUGCAGAAACCGAAGUCCAACGCAUUCAGCAAACCCUGGAAAGUGAACGCUCACUCGCGCUCGACAAAGAGGAAAUUUUCAAGCGCCUGCAGCAGCGUGAAGCAGAGCUGAUCGAAAAGCUUGCAGGUGCGAUAGAAGAUCAAGAAAGCCUUGAAGACCAGCUCGACGACCUCAUUGAUGCUAAAAAGAGGGCGGAAGAGCAAGCUGAGAAAUGGCGUGGCCAGCUUGAGCAGGCGGGACACAUCAUUAGCAGACUAGAAGCCGACAAGAACGAGCUUAUAGACAGAAUUUCCGAUUUGGACGAUCGAAUUAGCGAAAAUGAGAGAGCUAGGACCGAGAAAAAUGAUAGACACGGGGAACUCAUCCAGAACAAUAAGAUGCUAGAGAGCCAAAUGCGCUUGCAAGAACGAAAAGUCUCCGACCUUGAGAGCAAGCUUCUCAAAAUAGACCAAGACUUGGAUAUCAAGCUAGCUACAACCGCAAAGGACUUGCAGCUCUCACGAAAACAGGUCAAGGAUCUUUUGGACGACAACCGCCAAAUCCGACAACAACUCCAAGAGCUCUCAUCCACUUCCACCGGCUACGAGGAUAUGAUGAGACGGAAGGAGAGCGAGAUUGCUGUAUUGAGAUCGGACCAAAAGAGGCACGAUGCCGAGCGCAUGACACUGGAGGCGGAGCGAAGCAUGUUCGCUUCUCGGCAUGAUAACAUCCAGACGCGGUUGCGUGAGAUCCAGGCGGAAGUCGAUGCUACCAAAUCGCAAAAAGCUCAACUAGAAAGGGAGGCAGCAGAUACCAAGAGAGUCCUUGAUGCCAAGUUAUCUGAGGACACACAGGCCAGCAAUAGCCGCAAGAUGUUGAACGGCCAGAUAGAGGAUCUUAAGGUGGAGCUGUUCCAAGUCCAGGCGGAGCUCAGUCGCGAGAGACAGUCUAGGGACGACGUCCAGAUGCUAAGUGAUCACAAGAUGACGGCCUUGAAGGAGGAGUAUCAGAAUCUCAACGAAUCGAAGAUAACCAUCGAGAAAGAGCUUUAUGUGCAACAAGAUACUCUCCGCCGUGCAGUUGAAGCACGGGCUAAUGCUGAGAAAAGUCGUAAAGACCUGCAAACGGAACUGAAAAAGCUGCGUGAGCGCUUCGUGGAGGCGGAGUCCUCAAGACUGCAGGCCGAGACAGCAAUGGAGCGUAGCAUUUCUCGGCAAGCGAAUGAGCGUCAAGCCACCCUUAGAAAGGAGCUAGAUAUGAAGAAUGCGCGAUGCGACCAAAUCGAGGCCGAGUGCCACCAUCUAGCAGAUGAAGUGCAAUCUCUCACCGAGAUGAUUGCUGAUUCAGACAACUUCCGUACCCAGCACGACCAGCAUAAGGAACGCUUGGAGAGAGAGCUGAUAACCGUCAAAGGCCGAUUAACAGCGUCAGAGAAUGACAAUCGUGCACUUUUGAACAAAGUUCAGCAGAAGAACCUAGACAUUGCAAGAUCAAAUUCUAGAGCUGGCGACUCGCAGAGGUCUAGGAUGGGCCAAUUGCAAGCGGAGAAAGCAAAGUUGGACGAAGACAAUAAGAGACUGUCACGACAGUAUAAUGACGCCCAACUAUCGAUUACGUCCCUGGAGAAACAGAAAGAGAAGCUCGCUUUAAGUAUGGAAGAUUUCAAUCACGAGCUUGAACGGGAGCACAAGGCAACCCGUAGUGCCGAGAAGACCUCUUCUAGUGUCAGCAUUCAAUUUGCUGAGGCCAACCGGAAUCUGGAGUCUGAGAGGCAGCUCAAAACUCAAGCUCAAGCCAACACCAGAAAGCUACAAAGCAUGCUCGAUGGCGCCAACGGAGAAGUCCAAGAGUCUCGGCGACAGCUUACCCUUUUGCACAAGGUCUUCGACCCUGAAUCGAAGGAGACGGUGCCCUCGUGGGAAGCUGUAGCUCCACGCCUGCGGGACUACAUAGACCUGGCUGCACAAUUGGAGGCUUCCAAGCAGGCUCUGCGAGUGACAGAAGAGAGAUUGGGGCGCGCCGAGAACCAAAUCUCCGAGCUUCGACGGCGACACGACAGCGAAGUAUCGGAACUUGAUGCUCGUCAUUCGUCUUCGAAGCGUCAGCUUCUCGAGGAACUUGAUCAGAAUACGCUACCAGCUAGGAAAUCACCAAAGCACUUGCGCAAGGUCUCUGAUCUAAAGCCAUACUCCAAAACUUCUACUCCUGAUCGUCGUCACAUAAGCAACGCCACAAAUGAUUCCGGCCGCUCUGAUCGCACGGUUGACACAGCCGCCUACAACAAGCGGAUGGAUCUUGCGGCUGAGUUAGAAAUGGUGCAGAAUCAGCUUCAGAUGACCGAAAUGCAAAAUCGCCACUUGCAAAGCCAAAUUGGACAUUUCUCGCCGCAAAGAGAUUCGUGGCAGGAUGAUAGCCCAUCAGUCAGGCGUGUACAGAAACUCGAAAGGGAGAAUGGCCGACUUCACGACCGACUGGAUGAUUCUGCAAAGAAGGUAUCUGCGUUAGAGAGGGCAGUACACUCUGGAGAGCUGUCACUACGAGACGUGCAGGCGCAAUCUCAUGAAGAGCUUUACGAUCUCAUCAACUCGCAAGAGAACUCUCGGAAGUCAUUGGUCCAGGUUUACAACAACACUGUUGCUGACCUGGCUGAAGCCAAGUCACAUUUUGACAACAUCAAACAUGUCCGUGCGUCUCUAGAGGUAGAACUUCGGGAUACAAAAUCCGAACUUCGAGAAGUAUCUGCUGCAAACGAGCACGAAACAGCAUCCCGAAAUCAACUUUUGCAAGAAUUUUCGGAUCUUCAAAUAAGACUUGAUGCAGAAGCUUCCAAAGCCGGAGAUCUUGCAUCGAGUCUGAGCCUCUACAAGCGGCGAGCCGACGAGUACUUCAGUAAACUCGAACAAGCGGAAAUUGCCGUGCUCAGAGCUUCCCGUGCAGAACAAUCUGCCAGGGCACAAGCGAAAGAAAGCGAGGAUACCUAUGCAUCAGUCAUGGCUGAGCGCAAGCAGAUGGAUUCUCUCGUCGAAGACUUGCAGCGACAGAAUCAACACUACGAGGAAAAAGUUGAAGAUCUUGCUGCAGAUCUUGAUGGCGCUCUCCAAGCGAGAAAGAGACUUCAGCAUGAACUUGAAGACUAUCGGAGCCAACGGGCCAUGGAUGUAGAAGACAAAGAGACUUCCAUGGAGCAGACCAGGAGGAAGUAUCAGAACGAGUUUGCAACUCUGACCAAUGAGCUAGAGAUCGAGCGCGAAAACGUCAUUCAUGUCCGCUCCGAGAAUACACGCAUACGGGACGAACUGGAAGAGUUGAGAUCGAAAUGGGAUGAUGAAGUCCUAAAUAGUUCAUCGUGGGCGAAAGAGAAGUCGAGACUCGAAAUGACUCUGCAAGACUUGUCAUUAUCAAGAGAAGAAGCGCUCAAUGCUCAUAAUGAUGCGCAAGGAAAGAUCGUCUCUCUUCUGUCGCAGGUCCGUAACUUGCGUACCUCAAUGGACGACGUCGCCGCCGAAAGAGAUAUGCUUCAAAAGGAGAAACGCGGUCUUGAAGCCCGUUUGUCCGAAGCUGGUGAUCGUCUUGAAGAUCUCGCCCGUGGCGAAAGCCCGUCAAUGCGCAAUGCUGCAGGUAUGGACCGUGAGCUACUGGACCUGAAGUCUCAGCUUGCCCAGCAAGAAGAUGUGGCAGCCGCUGCUAUCGGGAAAAUGCGCAGAGCAGAAGCUUUGACUACCGAGAUGCAGAAGGAUGUCGUCUCCGAAAGGGAGACGACUGUCACUCUGCACAAAGAGAAGGCAGGCCUGGAAAAAACGGUCAAAGACUUGCAAGGCCGGGUAGUGGAUUUGGAGACAAAAGGGUACACAUACGCUAGCCAGGACGUGCGCUUUUUGAAUGGCAGGGUGCAUGAGCUGGAGCAUCAGCUCGAAACCCAAGAAAACACACACUCCGCCUCCCUUCGUUCCGUCCGCAACGUCGACCGCACAGUGCGUGAUCUCCAGUCACAGCUCGCCCGCCGCGACAAACUUGCCAACCAACUCACAGAUGACGUCGCUAAAGGUCGCGACAAGAUAGAACGUCUGCUACAGACAGUUGACGAGCUACAAGCCGAAGAGGCAAAGAGCCAAUUGAGCGCUAGGAGAGCGGAGAGGGAUCUGAGGGAGGAGAGAGAAAAGGGGCUCAGGCUUGAAAGAGAACUGGAAGGAUGGAAAGGGCUGAGAAUGGAACGAGGGGCUGGUGGAAAGGGUGGUGGCAGCGAGUGGGGCGGGAGUAUAAGAGGUAAUCAUGCGGCAAGGGGCAGUGAGAGUGGAGACGGUAUUAGGAGGAUGUUGAGUGAUAGUAAAGGGUUUCUGUAA